ACUUAAUCAUGUCCAAAAAUUCCUUUCAAGAUCAAAUUCCUACUUCUUUGGGUGAUAUGAAAUCAUUAGUGUCUUUACGGUUAUCAAACAAUCAUUUCUCUGGAAGUAUCCCUAAUUCCUUAGGUAGAGUUUACAACAAAGAGCAUGUCAUAUGUUUACAAUGGAAGCGUCCUUCGUUACAUGUCUGGUAUUGAUUUAUCUUGCAACCAUCUCACGGGAAGGAUCCCACCUGAAAUUGGAUACUUAAAUGAGAUCCAUGUGCUAAACUUGUCACACAAUAGGCUAACAGGACUAAUUCCCUCUACAUUUUCAAACUUGAAGCAGAUUGAAAGUUUGGACCUUUCCUAUAACAACUUGAAUGGGAGAAUCCCCCCUCAAUUGACUGAGCUAAACACCUUGGCUGUGUUUUCUGUUGCAUACAACAACUUAUUAGGACCAACCCCUGCUCAAAAAGCUCUGUUUGGGACCUUUGAUGACAGUAGCUAUGAAGGAAAUCCUCUCCUCUGUGGAGCUCCACUACAGAUCAACUGCACCAAAAUUGAAUCAUCAUUAGUUUUGACCAAUGUGACAAAUUAUAACAGGAAAAACAAUGGUUUGAUUGACAUGCGUAUUUUUACUGGAGCUUUGUGGUGUCGGACGGAGAGGGAAGGGAAGGGAUGGGGACGGAUGGCAAGGGAGGGGGAGUGAGUUGGAGCUGUAUCUUUCCUCCUGUUUGGGUUUCUAAAAAAGCAAAGGGGGAGGGAGAUGGACUGAUUCAGACUCCCUUCAAUCGCUCUCGAAUCUACAGAUUUGCAAUCCGCCCGAUUUAAGAGGUUUGAGAGGGAUUUGAGUGACUGUUUACAUUAAGUUAAAUGUAAUUACAAAAUUAACCUUAAUUUUUUUA